CUGCGCUCUGACGUCAGCUUCCGCGUUCACAUGACUCCUGACUCGCGUGGAUACAGGAACAUGGCUCUGCUGUUCAGUGAUGAGGAGUUCGAGCUGGCGUGGACCGAACUGGACGAGCCGCAGCUCGACGGCGGGUGGGAGUUCUUCACCGAGACCAUGGACGUCAAAAUAUACAGACUUUAUAACAAGGAAACAGGUUUGUACGAGUACAAAGUGUUCGGUUCUCUGCCCAGCUGCUCUCCAGAUCUCUGCGCAGAUGUUUACAUGGAUCUCAACUACAGGAGACAGUGGGACUCCUAUGUCAAAGAGCUGCACGAGAAAGACUACAGCGGGCAGAAAGCCAUAUACUGGGAGGUGAAAUAUCCAUUACCUCUGUCCAACAGGGAUUAUGUUUAUGUGCGGGAACGACGGGAUCUGGACGUGGGAGGACGGAAGAUCUGGGUGGUUUUAGCCAAGAGCUCGCCAGUGUCUCAGUGUCCAGAGAAGAGAGGCGUGAUCCGGGUCAAGGAUUACAAACAGAGUCUGGCUAUUGAGAGCGAUGGCUCCGGCGGUACCAAAGUGUUUAUGAACUACUUUGAUAAUCCUGGAGGAAUGAUACCGACUUGGCUGGUAAACUGGGCAGCUAAGACGGGCGUCCCUGCCUUUCUCACCGACAUGAAGAAGGCCUGCAGUAACUACGCAAACUACUGCAAGAACAAGAAGUGAUGCAUGUAUGACGUCCUCUCUUUAUCCCCCGCCAUCUCUUUGGUUCUGUUUCACGUCAGAAGGGCAUUCUGGGUGGAGGGGAUUGUGGGUAGAGUUACUGCUGUUUAUAUGGUGAUUGGAGAAGCUGCAGCUAGAGUCCAUGAUUAUACAGAUUGUCUGAAUCCAAUGAAUUGAGGUUCCUGUUGAACUUUAGCUGGAAUUUAGGGCUAAUUUGAACAUUUUUAAAAUUGGUUUUGAAUGUAAUAUAGAUCAAUCAUAAUGUAAUUCGUGAAUAUAAGCAUAAACAUUAACAUAUUUCUUAUACAUCAAAUGCACAAAGUCAAUCAGUAAGCCUUCCUGAAAUCCAAACGCUGUUAGGUUUUAUACAGAAACCUUAUAAAAUGUAUUUGGACACUUAAGACACACUAAAAUGUGUAAAUAUUGUGCUAAAAAAAAUUAUAAAAUCAAGAGUCAUUUAAUGUAAGAUAUUUGGCAAAAAGAAGUUUGGUUUGAGUCAUAAAGCAAUAGAUAAUAACAUUAUCAUUAUUAAAGGCCCGUUCACACCAAGAACGAUAAAUAUGAAGAUAACGAUAAAGAUAUAGUUCUAAAAAUCGUUCUAAAUAUAAAAAAUAGCACUGUCCACACCACAACAAUAACGAUAACAAUAUAAAGAAACAAUAUCGUUGGGAUCACUUUCAGAACGAUUUUUUUCCCAGCCGUUUAACGAUAAAACACUGACAGCCAAUCAGAAUCCAUUCUCGCGCAUUUAAAAUGGCAGACGACAUUGCGGAGAAGUUAACCGCCAAGGAAAAAGCCACCGCUGUUUGACAAGUCAAAAAACAUAGCAUGCUGAGGACAUCUGCUGGUUAAAGCCGUGUAAAUGCAACAAGAACAGCAAAAACAUAUUGUACACACUUUGAAACCGCAGCGCGUGAGUUUAUAAUAAACAGACCGUUAUCGUUGGUUGGUGUGGACGCAAAUAUUACUAUUACGAUAACUACUAUUGUUAUAGCUAUUAGUGUUCUUGGUGUGAACGGGCCUUAAUAAUUGAGCAGCAAUAAUAAUCGGUAAUAAAUGAGCAUCAAAUCAGCACAUUAGACUGAUUUCUGAAGGAUCAUGUGACACUGAAGACUGGAAUAAUGAUGCUGAAAAUUCAGCUUUGAUCACAGGAAUAAAUUACAGUUUAAUAUAUAUUAAAAUAGAAAAGUUUUAAAUGGUAAUAUUUCACAUUAUUAUUGUUUUUACUGUAUUUUUGAUCAAAUAGAUGCAGCCUUGGUGAGCAGAAGAUUUCUUUUGAACAGUAGACUCAAGUGUCCAAAUAAGCAUGUAUGUGAUCUGAAUAGUUAUAUAAUAAUUAUGUUAUAGUUUUGUUCCCCACCCCCAGCAACUGAAUACAAUCAAGCACUUAAAUAUUACAAGAAAAGUUUGCAUGUACAGGUGCUGAAUUAGUCCUGAGUGCCUUCCCAUGAGCCUCUGCACACUGGGUGUGAUGGAUUGUAGUAAUGCAGCGCCCUCUGCUGUUAGAAGGAUGGGGACACAGUUAAGACUUUAUUUUAUUUGAAUGGUAUUUUGAAUGUUUUUUUUAAUGGUCAGAAUUUAUGGUCUGUAUAUUGGGAAAAUGAAUUGCAUUUGAAUGUAUAUUUCAGAUACUUUUAAUCAGGAAUUUGCAUAAAUCACAUUAAUGACAAUUACUAUACAGAGCUGAAAAUAUGAGCAUUUGCACUGAAAAUAUUGUGACUAAAUUCAUAAUACUGUUGUUUACAUGUUAAUGCUGAGCACAGUAAAUAUAUGGGAAAAAAUGAUAACACUUUAUUGAUCACAACAGCAAUUUAAAGCAGCAAUACAGUCCGUUAAUAUCUACUGGUGUUUACAGUCGUGGGUUGUUAUCCAUUAGGAAAUCGAGAUUAUUCAUAGGAAAGUUAUUAAGGAGUUUCAGUAACAUUCCAUUUGACUUAUUAUUAUUUUUUUUUUUUACGUUUUGACACUCCGUAGUUUCAUUGUGUGGUUUGGUGUGUUGUUUUCCUCUGUUUUUUGACAUCUACCUCUUACACUCACAGUACUGCAAUUAAAAUAAAAUCAUCUGUGCAUUCUGCCUCAACUUGUUCAUUACUGCCAAAUUUCAUUUCAUUAAAACUGGUGCUUUGCCUUUCA